CUGUAUCUCUCACUUGUACGCCAUGGCAAAAUCAGACAAGAAGGCAGCAGAUAAGGCCAAGGCUACCAAGCCAGCCGCCGCCUCACCCGCAAAAGCAAAGUCGCUAGCGUCAUCCAAGGAGAUUUUGGCCAAGGCCAAAAUACUCAAAGCAUCAAAUGGAAAGCCUUCCGUUAAACGUGCCAAAGAUGAAUCAUCCGACGAUUCGUCAGACUCCUCUUCGGAAGAUGAACAAUCCAAAAAAACAGUGCUCACGUCGGACUCUGACGACUCACCGGAAGAAAAAAAACCUGCUAGUGCCCCAGCCAGCAAAAAGGGAAAGGGCAAAGUGGAGAGUAGUGAUUCUUCUGAUUCGUCGUCGAGUGACGAGAGCUCAUCAGAUGAGGUCGGUGACAAGGAUGUAGAGAUGCAGGAUGUUCAACCUGCCAAUGGCAAAAAGACAGAUAAGCCCAAGGCAGCAAAACCAACCGCCUCGCCGGCAAAAAAAGUCAAAUUGCCAACAUCAUCCAAGGACAUUUUGGCUAAGGCUGGAGCACUCAAAGCAUCGAUUUCAAAAGCAUCCGAAUCAAGCGACGAGUCCUCAGACUCUUCUUCGGAGGAUGGACAACCCAAAAAGCUUACCCCUACCUCCGACUCCGAUGACUCAUCGGAUGAUGAAAAACUCGCCAGUGUCCCGGCCGGCAAAAAGGGGAAGGGUAAAGAAAGUGGUGACUCCGAUUCUUCGAGCCACGAGAGCUCGUCAGAUCAGGAUGGGGACAAGGGCGCCGAAGUACAAAAUGUUCAGCCUGCCAAGGGUACCAAGCGCAAAGCAGAAGCAGAGCCCUCCGUUCCCCCAAAAAAGGUAAAAUUGGUCGAUGACGACGCAGCUCCUAGCGUAUCGACUGAGGAAACGAAAAGUAUUUUCGUUGGUCGGCUAUCAUGGAAUGUCGACAACGACUGGCUCGCACAGGAAUUCGCCUCCUGCGGCGAAGUUGUCUCUGCUCAAGUACAAACGGAUCGUGCAACUGGAAAGUCGCGCGGUUUUGGCUAUGUCCACUUCACAUCCGCAGAUGCGGUUGAAAAGGCUCUCCAAAUGAACGGCAAGGAAAUUGAUGGAAGGCCCGUCAAUAUUGACAAAAGCACUCCGCCGGAUAAAAGCGCUGUUCGUGAAAACCGGGCAAAGUCUUUUGGCGACACGCAGAGCCCAGUGUCAAGCGUUCUCUUUGUUGGGAAUCUUAGCUUUGGUGUCAACGAGGAUCAACUUUGGGAAGUCUUUGGCGAGCACGGCGACGUUAAAAGCGUUCGUGUUCCAACAGAUCGUGAGUCGGGAAGGCCAAAGGGUUUUGCCUAUGUCGAGUUUAGUGCUGUGGAGGCCGCACAGGCAGCCCACGGACAGCUGCAGGGUUAUGAGCUUGACGGCCGCAGCCUUCGGUUGGACUAUUCCCAACCAAGAGACAACGCUGGGGGUGGACGCGGCGGCGGUCGUGGAGGAUUCGGCGACCGAGGUCGUGGACGUGGUGGGUUCGGGGGCGGUGACCGUGGACGUGGACGUGGUGGGUUCGGUGGUGACCGUGGUGGGAGAGGACGCGGCCGAGGUGGUGACCGCGGUGGGAGGGGUGGCGGCAGAGGUCGAGGGGGCGCACGCACUGGAGCCGUCACUCAGUUUGAGGGGUCCAAGAUCACUUUCGAUUAGGCUACACAGCACUACCCCAAAAAUGAUGACUUCCCACUUUUAACGGGGCUCAAGUCGUUGCAUAUCUUUCGUAUAUACAUAUGCACACUGUUCUAUCAUUGUGGUUGACAACUUGAUCUAUCAUACUUCAUUAAC